AUGGCCUCAGCCCCAGCACAGCUGUUCCUCGCCCUCCUCUCACUGCUGUUGGAGCUGCCUGCUGUGGAAGCAGUAGAAGCUGGAGAUGCAAUCGCCCUCUUCUUAGGUGUGGUGGUCUGCAUCACAGGCAUCUGUGCGUGUCUGGGGGUGUAUGCACGGAAGAGAAAUGGAGAGGUGUGA